AUGCCUCCGAAAAAAGACGAGGAUCACAUCUCUGCUGGGCAGGCCCUGGUUAACGACGUUCACCGUGACAUGUUGAACCGAUUCGUGUUCGGCUACCUCGACGACAUCCUCRUCUUUUCCCGCUCUGCUCAAGAACACGUUCUCCAUGUCCGACAAGUCCUCCAGCAUCUCCUGGAGAACCAGCUUUUUGUGAAAGCAGGAAAAUGUGAAUUACAUCGCUCCACCAUCUCCUUCCUUGGAUACAUCAUCGCUGCUGCUAAUGUGCAGAUGGAUCCCAGAAAGCCCCAGAUCCAGAAUACCCCCAACGCAGCCAGGAACAGAUCCAGAUACACCCAACCAGCCCCAGAUCCAGAUACCACCAACCAGCCCCAGAUCCAGAUACGCACCCACCAGCCCAAGAUCCAGAUACCACCCAACCAGCCCCAAUACCACCCAACUAAGCUCCCGAUCCAGCUACUACCCCACACAGCCCCAGAUACAGAAUACCACCCUAUCAAGGCUCGCGAUAUAAGAUCCAGAUACCACCAAACCAAGCCAGAGUCCAGAUACUCCACAGCCAGAUACCAGAGCAGCCAAACCAGCCCAGAUAAAUACCACCGCAAUAGCGCAGAUCCAGAUACCACCCCAACAGCCAGAUCCCAGAUACCACCCAACCAGCAGGAGAUCCAGAUACCACCCAACCAGCCCCAAGAUCCAGAAAACCCACGCCCUCAACGCAAAGCCCACAGACCAGAUACACCCAAACAAGCCCAGAUCUCAGCAUACACCAAACCAGCCCCACCGAUCCAGGAUACCACCCAACCAGCCCAGAUCCAGAUACCACCCAACCGCAGCCCAGAUCCAGAUACUCCCCCGAACCAGCCCAGAUCCAGAUACCACCCAACAGCCCCAGAUCCAGAUACACCCACAGCCCAGAUCCAGAUACCACCCAACCAGCCCCAGAUCCAGAUAACACCCCAACCAGCCCAGAUCCAGAUACCACCCCCAACACCCAGAUCCAGAUACCACCCAAUCAGCCCCGAUCCAGAUACCACCCAACCAGCCCAGAUCCAGAUACCACCCAACCAGCCCAGAUCCAGAUACCACCAACCAGUCCCCAGAUCCAGAUACACCCAACCAGCCCAGAUCCAGAUACUACCCAACCAGCCCGAUCCAGAUACCACCCAACCAGCCCAGAUCCAGAUACCACCCAACCAGCCCCAGAUCCAGAUACCACCCAAACCAGCCCCAGAUCCAGAUCACAACCUCACAAACCAGCCCCAGAAGCCCACCCAACAGCCCCCGCAUCCAGAUACCACCCAACCAGCCCAGAUACCACCCAACCAGCCCAGAUCCAGAUACACCCAACCAGCUCCAGAUGACCACCCAACCAGCCCAGAUCCAGAAUACCCCAACCAGCCCCAGAUCCAGAUACCACCCAAACCAGCCCACCCAGAAUCCCAGAUACCAGCCCCAAACCAGUUCAUACCACAACCAGUGCGCCAGAUCCAGAUACUCACCCAACCAGCUAAUUCAGCAGAAUACCUCAAAACCGCACCAGAGCAUCAGCUACACCCCCAGGCCCAUCCAGAUACCACAACCAGCAUCCAGCUAAGUCCCCACCCAGAACCAGAAUACCCUCCGAAGUCAGACGCCCCAGAUCCAGAUAACGACCGAGAUACACCCAACCAGCCCCCAGGAUCCAACCUGAUAGCACCGCACCCCAGCCCCAGAUCCAGAUACACCCAACCAGCCCCCGAUCCAGAUCCCACCCAACCAGCCCCAGAUAACCACCCCAACAGCCCAGAUCCAGUACUACCCUCAACCAAGCCCCAGAUCCAGAUACACCCAACCAGCCCCCAAGAUCCAGAUACCCAACCAAACCAGCCCAGAUCCAGAUACCACCCAACCAGCCCCAGAUCCAGAUACCACCCAACCAGCCCCCCCAGAUCAUACCACCCAAUCAGCCCCAGAUCCAGAUACCACCCACCAGCCCAGAUCAAGAAUCCACACCAACCAGCCCAGAUCCAGAUACCACCCAACCAGCCCCAGAUCCAGAUACUCACCCAACACAGCCCAGAAUCAGACCACCUCCAACCCAACCAGCCCAGAUCCCAGAUACCCCCCAACAGCCCAGAUCCAGAUACCACCCAACCAAGCCCCAGAUCCAGAUACCACCAACCAGCCGCCAGAUCCAGAUACCACCCAACAGCCCAGAUCCAGAUACCACCCAACCGCCCCAGAUCACCACCCAACCAGCCCAGAUCCAGAUACCACCCAACCAGCCAGUUCAGAUACCACCCAACCAGCCCCAGAUCCAGAUACACCCACCAGCAAUCCAGCCCUAGAUACCACCACCAGCCCAGAUCCAGAUACACCCAACCAGCCCCAGAUCCAGAUACCACCCAACCAGCCCCCGAUCCAGAUACCACCCAACCAGCCCCAGAUCCAGAUACCACCCAACCAGCCCAGAUCCAGAACCACCCCGCCAAACCAGCCCAGAUCCAGAUACCCGACCCACCAGCCCGAUCCAGAUAUCCACCCAACCAGCCCCAGAUCCAGAUACCACCCAACCAGCCCCAGAUCCAGAUACCACCCAACCAGCCCCAGGUCCAGAUACCACCCAACCAGCCCCAGAUCCAGAUACCACCCAACCAGCUCCAGAUCCAGUUACCUGUCCACCCACUGACCCGCCCACUUGGCUUCUUCCCCUGUGAUCAAGCCUUCAUGCUCUGUCCCUUCUCCAUCACCCUGCUGUGCUUCCCAGCCAUCCCUCCACCUUCCUCCUGGCUAUAA